AAUGAGAGCCCCUCCCACCCCUGUCUCUGCCAGACGACCGCACUCCCAGUGUAUUUCCGCAGUCUGUAGCGGCUUAUCACCGGUAGUGUACACCAGGCAUGGCAGACGGCUGCUACUCAUCAUGGCCGUACGACACUAUACUCUCGACUUCAGCCUCUCUGCGCCAGCUGACUCUUCCACGACUGUGCGUGGAUUGCAGUCAAUUUUUCAGGAACAAGAAAUGACAGAAACCAUUCACAACACAGAAGGCCAUGGCUACUUGGCAACCUUCAUUGGCAAGAAUGGCAGGUUUGUUGUUCUACGGAUCCACAAGCAUGGGCUGGUGACAAUUGACCUGCAGUGCUAUGAAGCAGACAACCUCAUGCAAGUAGACCAUCUGUUGAAUGCACUGGAAAAGAAGCUGAAAACACUUCUACACAAGAAUAUCAGGAGGAUUAAAAGGCUCCCGGCACUGCAGCGGGGGGCCAAGGUGGACAGGUACUGGCCCACAGCCGAUGGCAGACUGGUGGAGUAUGAUAUCGACGAGGUUGUGUAUGAGGAGGACUCAGUCUAUCAGAACAUUAAGAUCCUGCAUUCGGCGCAGUUUGGGAACAUCCUCAUCCUCAAUGGAGACGUUAACCUAGCAGAGAGUGACCUGCCCUACACGCACGCCAUCAUGGGCAGUGGGAAGGAGCAGUACACAGGGAAGGAGGUGCUAAUUCUAGGGGGAGGUGAUGGGGGCAUUCUCUGUGAGGCCGUCAAGCUUAAGCCAAAGAUGAUCACCAUGGUGGAGAUUGACCAGCUGGUGAUUGAUGGGUGUCGAAAGCACAUGAGGAAGACUUGCGGAAACGUCUUGGACAAUCUGAAAGGAGACUGCUAUGAGGUGUUAGUAGAGGACUGCGUCCCUGUGCUGAAGAAGUUCGUUGAAGAGGGGAAGAAUUUCGAUUACGUCAUCAAUGACCUUACUGCAGUCCCCAUCUCCACAGCACCAGAGGAAGAUUCCACCUGGGAAUUCCUGCGUCUGAUUCUGGACCUGUCAAUCAAAGUUUUACGACCCAGUGGGAAAUACUUUACACAGGGAAACUGCGCGAACCUGACUGAGGCAUUAAGUCAGUAUGAGGAGCUGCUGGAGAAACUCAGCUGUCCUGUAGAUUUCUCCAAAGAGGUUGUAUGUGUUCCAUCGUACAUGGAGUUGUGGGUUUUCUAUACAAUCUGGAAGAAGUAAAAUCCUCUUGUGUUUCUCAAACCCAGGCUUCUCCCUGUAUGAUGGCACAGCACUGACGAGAAACACCGCUGUUUUUACUGUCCCUUUUGUGUUGAACCUGCUUUUUUAACAUCUACUGUUUUACUUUGUGCUGGAAGUUGAAAAAAGAAUGUAUUUUGUUUGAGUUUGGUUUGGGCAAUGUUUUUGAGUGCCUCUGGGGGGCGCUGGCUGGCAGAAUGGAGUAGAAGCUGCUUGAUACACUGAUGGAGAGUGACUCAGCAUUUUUGCACAGAGCAGGCUCAGCCAAACUCCUGCUUCUGUGGAUUUCUUUAUAGUUCAUCUUUUAGACUGAAGCACCCAUAGGACCAGUUUUUUCAAUUUUAAUCUAUUGUAUUGUUUUUUUGGUAGUUUUAAUUGGUCUUUUUCUUCUGUAAGUUCUUUCUUCUGUAACAUUUGCUUGAAUGUGAUUUGAUAUGUGGUGCUUCCUGAGGAUGACCAGCAAUGGUGAUGCAUUCUGGGAUUUCCAGGGAUUCAGGACCUGCACUGACCCCACCCACUGCAGUUGAUGUGUUGUAUGUGGUUUAAAAGGGAAAUGGGUCCUUUUGCCUUUAGUUUUGUGCUUUUAUUUUUAUUUGUUUGCUGAACUGUGAAGACUGUUAUAUAAUCAAGCUUCUCCUUAGUGUUCCCUUGCUGGUUUUUGUCCCUCCACACCUUUGUCUCCUUUGAGUUCAGUGCAUUUCUGUGAAAUUUUUCAAUGCACAUGCUGGAAAUUCAAGGUUUGACUGUAUGUAGCAUGCACAUACAUAUACAUAUGCACAUGUUCCCCGAUGAGGUGAUUUGUUGAAGUUUAUUUAUUAAAUUUUACAAAUACCGA